AGCUGCGGCCGGGAAGAGGCGCCUGCGCGGCGCUCCAUGCGCCCCUUCCCUGCUGCGCUGUGAGGUUCCGCUUGCAGUCAUGGCGGGCGCUGACAGCCAGGUAAAUGCUGGGGGAGAAAAGAAGGCAGAGAGCGGAAAGAAGAAGAUGAAUGAGGGGGCCGGCGAUGGAGGGCGGACGGAGCUGACUCCCUGGCCUGCAUUUAUCAGUGAGCGUUUAGAGAUGUACAAUAAACUUAAAGCUGAACAUGAUGCGCUCCUUGCAGAAAGGGCUGCAAAUGACAGUAAACCCAUUAAAGUUACGUUACCUGAUGGCAAGCAAGUUGAUGCUGAAUCUUGGAAGACUACUCCUUAUCAAAUCGCUUGUGGAAUUAGUCAGAGUUUAGCUGACAACACUGUUAUUGCUAAAGUGAACAAGAUGGUUUGGGAUCUAGACCGUCCUUUGGAGGAGGAUUGUACCCUGGAGCUGCUUAAGUUUGAAGAUGAAGAGGCUCAAGCAGUAUACUGGCACUCAAGUGCUCAUAUAAUGGGCGAAGCUAUGGAGCGAAUCUAUGGUGGCUGUUUGUGCUAUGGCCCACCAAUAGAAAAUGGAUUUUAUUAUGACAUGUACCUUGAGGAAGGGGGUGUAUCAAGUAAUGACUUCUCUGCUUUGGAAACCUUAUGCAAAAAGAUAAUGAAGGAAAAACAAGCUUUUGAAAGACUGGAAGUUAAGAAGGAAACACUGCUUGAAAUGUUCAAGUAUAAUAAAUUCAAGUGUCGUAUCCUGAAUGAGAAGGUCACUACUCCAACUACAACAGUAUACAGGUGUGGUCCCUUGAUAGAUCUAUGCAGAGGGCCUCAUGUUAGACAUACUGGCAAGAUAAAGACCAUAAAAAUUCAUAAGAAUUCUUCUACCUAUUGGGAAGGCAAGGCUGAUAUGGAAUCCCUCCAGCGGAUCUAUGGCAUUUCAUUCCCAGAUGCAAAAAUGCUGAAGGAGUGGGAGAAAUUCCAGGAGGAGGCUAAAAGCAGAGAUCACAGAAAAAUUGGGCGGGACCAAGAACUGUUUUUCUUUCAUGAGCUCAGCCCUGGUAGCUGUUUUUUCUUGCCAAAAGGAGCCUACAUUUAUAAUACAUUAAUUGAAUUCAUCCGGAGUGAGUAUCGAAAACGUGGAUUCCAGGAGGUUGUUACUCCAAAUGUUUUCAACAGCAAACUCUGGAUGACUUCGGGGCACUGGCAGCAUUACAGUGACAACAUGUUCUCCUUUGAAGUCGAGAAAGAAAUCUUUGCUCUGAAGCCUAUGAACUGUCCAGGACACUGCCUUAUGUUUGAUCAUCGCCCAAGAUCAUGGCGUGAGUUGCCACUACGGUUGGCUGAUUUUGGUGUUCUGCAUCGCAAUGAACUGUCUGGAGCUCUCACAGGACUCACUCGAGUACGCCGGUUCCAGCAGGAUGAUGCUCACAUAUUCUGUGCUAUAGAGCAGAUUGAAGAGGAGAUUAAAAGUUGUCUGGAGUUCUUGCGUACUGUGUAUGAUGUCUUUGGAUUUUCCUUUAAACUGAAUCUUUCCACUCGUCCUGAAAAGUACCUGGGAGAUAUUGAAGUGUGGAAUCAAGCUGAAAAGCAACUUGAAAACAGCCUCAAUGACUUUGGUGAGAAGUGGGAGUUAAACCCUGGUGAUGGAGCUUUCUAUGGACCUAAGAUUGACAUUCAGAUUAAAGAUGCCAUUGGCCGCUACCACCAGUGUGCUACAAUCCAGCUUGACUUCCAGCUGCCAGUCAGAUUUAACCUCACCUUUGUCAGCCAUGAUGGCAAUGACAAGACAAGACCGGUUAUCAUUCAUCGGGCUAUCUUGGGAUCUGUGGAGAGAAUGAUUGCCAUUCUAACUGAAAACUAUGGAGGCAAAUGGCCACUCUGGCUGUCCCCACAGCAGGUCAUGGUGGUACCAGUGGGACCAGCAUGUGAUGAAUAUGCUCAAAAGGUCAGGCAGCACUUCCAUGAUGCUGGAUUAAUGGCAGAUGUUGAUGUAGAUCCUGGGUGCACACUGAAUAAGAAGAUCAGAAAUGCUCAGCUAGCACAGUAUAACUUUAUUCUGGUUGUUGGUGAAAAGGAGAAGGCAAGUGGAACAGUUAACAUCCGCACCCGAGAUAACAAGGUGCAUGGUGAGCGUACAAUUGCAGACACUGUGGAGAGACUGCUGGAUCUGAAACGUUCUCGCUCCAGACAAGCUGAGGAGGAAUUUUAACACCACCUGCUCUACCUGGCAUAAAAAAAGAUCUAGUUUUCCUAAUUCAGUUAGCCACACAGUUUUUAUGCUGAGCUAGAUUUGAAAUAUGUUUCUCAUUGGACCUUUUACUCAUUUUAGCAGAGAUGUUUCUUUACUCAGAAACAUCUUUUUUUGUAAAAAUCAAAUUUUCACAAACCUUGAAGUAAAAUUUCCUGGCCUCUGAUCAGUGUCAGAUGAAGCAAAAUGAAAUGACUUCUUGUGGCUGCAGGGGCAAAUGGGAAUGUUAAUCAGGGAUACCCAUAGUAUUCUAACUACCCUGUUAAGAUAAAAUUCAUUUAGAUAGCAAAUGU